CCAUGAAGGCGGCUUGGGGAGCCCCGAUAAAAGAAUUGCAAGAUUUUCGCUUGUAAUUUCAAAAGAGAGAGCCCCCAAAAGUCUAUUAAGCUGGACGAGACGUUUCAAUAAUUUUUGGCCCUGCAGAAUGUCCAAAAUAAGGCGGAAGGUAACAGUGGAGAAUUCAAAGACCAUAUCUGACAGCAGUAGCAACACUACCCCCUCACGUCGGCCCAGCGUUUUCGAGAGACUCGGACCCAGUACUGGAAGUAAUGCUGCCGAGACUCACUGUAGAAAUUGGUUGAAGACUGGAAAUUGCAGUUACGGCAACACUUGUCGCUACACACAUGGAACUCAGCCAAGGGGCAAAGGAUUUACUGGAACAUUUAACAGGUCAACUGAGAGACCCACUGGGGAUCUCCGUGAGAGGAUGAAGAAUAAGAGACAGGAUGUAGAUGCUGAUUCGCAGAAAAGAGACCCUGAAGAGCCUACUUCACCCACAACCAGACAGCGAGAUUCAUCCCGAGGAAGACACAGAGAGAAAGAAGACAUAAAGAUCACUAAGGAACGCACGCCAGCCAGCGAAGAAGAACCAGCAGAGUGGGAAACCGCCCGUGAAGAUUCAGAUAACGGUGAUUACGACUACGAGCUAUCUUUAGAAAUGAAGAGACAGAAAAUUCAGCGCGAACUGAUGAAGCUGGAGCAGGAGAACCUGGAGAAAAGAGACGACAUAGCCAUCAAAAAGGAGGAGUCAGUAGCCAAGAACAGAACCAGCAGCACCUCUAAGGCUUCUCCAGAGCCCGCCAGUUCAAAAGGGUCACCUUCGUCCCGUAAAUCCAGCGGCUCCCCCAAACACAAAUCCGGUGUGAAGGGCAGCAGCUCAGGCAAGAAGGAGAAGAAAUCUUCAUCUUCAAUUAUCUCUUCCCCCGUGUCCGACCAGACCAGGGCAGAGGAGGCAGAGAGCAGACCCUCCAAGGCGUCUCACGGAAAGAAGAAGGGUCCGCGGACCCCCAGCCCCCCGCCCCCCGUCCCCGUGGGCAGCCCCGCGGUGGGCAAGAAGCACAAGGGCAAACACAAGAACAAGGAGAAGUCUGAGGACAAGCCCAAAGAGGGCAAAGAGAGGGGCCGCGACACGGAGAAACACAAGGAAAAGAAAGAAAAACGCAGAGAUCGUUCGGAGAGUUCUCACAAAGCCAAACGUUCGGUGACAUCAGAGGAACGUUCUGGAAGUAUCUCUUCUCCACCCAAGGACAUGUCUCCCUCCACCAGGAGGAAGUCCUCCUCGCCCAAGUCUGCCUCCCAGAAAGCUGCCUCUUCACCCCCAAGGUCUCGGACUCCGCCGAGGCACCACCGCUCCCCGUCACCCCCUCCACGUCAGCACCACUCCCCCUCCUCCCACUCCGGCUCCUCCGCCCAGAGGCACUCCCCCUCCCCCCGUCGCAGGAGGAGCCCCGGCUCCCCCGCGUACCACCGCGACCCGCCCCCCUCCUCGUCCUCCCCGUCCGCCUCGCGCCGCUCCCGUUCUCCGCUGACCCCCCAGCGGGACCACUCUCCGGCCCAGCGGCGCUCCAGCCCCACGCGCCACCACUCCCAGGGCAGAGAGAGGGGCCGUGGAGACAGGGACAGAAGCCCGGGGAUGCAGGAUCGCCGGCACGAGCGCAGAGACGAGAGCAGAGGGAAGCGUGAAAAAGACGGCGGUGGGCGAGAUGACAGGGAGUACGACGGCGAGCAGGGCUCCUCGCGAGACGACCGCGACUCCAGAGAGGGUCGGGAUCGGCGGGAUGCCCGGGACCGACGGGACGUGCGCGACGAGCGGCAGCACCGCGACGGCAAGGACGCGCGAGAGGGCAGGCCGGAGACGCGGGACCGCUCCGGGCGAGAGUCCCUGGAGCACAGGGACCGAGAGAGAGACAGGGAGAGAGAGCGGGAGAGAGAAAGAGAGAGAGACAGGGAGAGGGACAGGACGGACACGCACAGGAAGGAGGAGGCGGCGGCGCAGGACGACAGGGGCUACGGCAGAGGGCACGGACGGGACGAAGGGCGGGCCGAGACGAGGGCGGAGUCCAGGAGUGACGGUCGCGCUGAUAGGCCAGGAAGAGGGAGAGGGCGUGGCAUAGAGCCCACAGAUAAAGGCUCUGCUAGAGGCACCAGAGCGUCACAGGGAGAGAGCAGCGGCCAUGACUCCUGGGAAUCGCGCAGCGGGAGUUUGAGGGAGAGGAGUUCUGAGAGAACCACGGAACGAGGAGCUGACAGGGCCACCGAGCGUGAUCGCUACGACAACGACCGCCAGAGAGGGGAUCAAGCCCGCGAUUCGUCCUACGACAGGCGCGGAGGCCACGCUGAGCGAGACCGCAGAGAGAACAGGGACAGAGAGCAGAGAGCGCCAUCUGCUGGCCGCCACCAAGGCCGCAGCGAAGACCCCGACCGCGAGGAGAGGAGAGAUGACCGCAGGGCGGAACGAGCGGACGACAGACGAGACGACCGCGCCCGCGAGAGGGAAAGAGAGAGAGAGAGGGAGCGCGAGAGGGAGAAAGAAAGAGAGAGGGAGAAAGAAAGAGAGAGAGAGAAAGAAAGAGAAAGGGAGAGGGAGGCGGAGCGGGAGCGCGAACGCGCCCGGGAGAGAGAACGCGACCGAGAGCGGGAGAGAGAACGCGAGGAACGGGAACGAGAGCGCGAGGAGAGGGAGCGGGAGAGGGAGGAGAGAGAGCGGGAGAGGGAGAGAGAGAGGAAGGAGAGAGAGCGAGAACGAGAGCAGAGGGAAAGAGAGAGACAGAGGGAAUGGGAGGAAAGAGAAAAGGGAAGAGAAGACCGGAGGGAACGACGCGAUGACGGGCGAGAUGAACGGCCCGGUCGAGACGUCCACGAAGAACGGAAGACCAGUCGUAAGAGGCAUCGUGUCGAGAGCAGCCCGAGUCCUCGGCCCUCCCCCAAACGAAAUCGAGAUGCCAGCCCCGGAGACAGCGACGGCUACAACAGCAACGAGGAGAAAAUGUCAGAUAAACACAGGCUCCUGAGUCAGGUGGUCCGACCACAGGAGACUUCCCGCUCGCCGACACGCGCCGCCGUCGACGACAAGACCGGCCGCUGGAAGGAAGAGGAUCGCCGCGGCGACAAGAAAGAAGGGCGGGGCCGACACGAGGAAGCGGACGUCCGCGGCGACAGAGGCGCGGUCAGAGGAGGGGAGCGACGCGGAGAGCAUGUUCUGGAAAGCUCCGUGUCGGGAGGUUCCGACGCCUCCAGAAGGAGUAAGGACCAGCGCGACCUCACUCCACCUCCCGCGGCCCCCGCCGUCGCGGAGGAGCGGGAUCCUGCCGCCGCGGGCCAUGAGGAAGGGAAGAAGACUAAAAAAUCUCUCAGAAAGGGCCUGAAAAAGAACAGGAAAGAGGAGGACACAGGCAGCGUCGGGGGAGGAGAACGCUUCAACCCCGAGCCUUUGUCUUCUACCCCCGCCAAAGUUCUUCCGUCCCUCCUCUCCCCGCGCAAAACCCCCAAGAAAAAGGGCGGAGACAAGAAACGCAAGCGCUCGCGAGGCGCCGAGUCGGACGCGUCGGACGAUGAGCCGGCCGUCCACCACCCCCUCAGCAAGAGGAGGCGUGGCCCUAGAACUCCGCCCCCUAUCAUGAAGGAAGACCUUCCUUCCCAGAAGGCCCUCGCCGCCAGUCAGGCUUUGACCACGCCCAUUAAGAUGGACACGCACUUCAGCGACUGGUCGGACGAGGACGUGCCGGAGCGCGGGGAGAGCGCCGCCUCUCUACCCGCCGAGAGACCCCCGGCGGAGAGGCUCCUGCCCUCCGAACCUCCCAGGAGGGGCGGGAGGGGAGGGCGGGACAGGACCGAUCCCCCCAUCGCCCCUCUGCUGGGCCAGGAACCUCCCAUGCUGAUGCAGACCCUCCCCUUACAGCCGCUGCUGCCGCAGCACAUGCUGCGCAAGUCCGCAGCCGAGCAGCCGAAACGCAGCAGCAGCCUAGGCAGCAACCAGAGCCGAGCCUCCUCCAGACGCCUGCGCUCGCCCUCCAACGAAUCCGCCCACCGCGACGACGGGCAGCCGGGCCCCAGGUCCCGCCGGGGCAGGCUCCAGACGGGCAACUCCCGCGACAGAGAGAGAGAGAGGGAGCGCGAGAGAGAAAGAGAGAGGGAAAGAGAACGAGAGCAAAGAGAGAGGCCAGGCGCGAACGAGCCCAUGGCGACGGAGAGGAAAUCUCGUAUCGACCAGCUGAGGAGAGGAGAGCCUAGUCGCAGCACUUCGUCAGACCGACAGGAUUCAAGAAGCCACAGCUCCCGACGCAGUUCUCCGGAGUCGGAACGGCAGGCUCGCUCCAGAGCCGGAUCCUACGACAGCCGCGAGAGGGAGAGGGAGCGGGACAGAGACCGGGAGACGUUCGAGCGGGAUUGGGACAGGAAAGACAAUCGGCAGCAGCAGCCGAGAGACUGGGAGCCCGAGGCCAGGGAGUGGGUCGGGAGGGGCAGGGAACCGCUGCUUCUCCGCGGUAACCGGGAGCCAAUCAGAGAGCGGGACCUGAGGGAGAUGCGGGAAAGAGAGCGGCUUCUCCCCGAGGGGCUGCUGUCUCACGAUCGGAUGGAGCGCGAGCGCAUGGAACGGGAGAGAGAGCGCGAACGGGAUCGGGACAGGGGAGAACGCGACAGGAUGCUGCCGUUUGACCUCCCACCACACGGGGAGCCCAAGAGCAGAGCGGAGAUGAGAAUGGGUGACUACGAGCCUUUACUGCCCCGAGAAGCUCUCGCUAUGGAAACGGAGAAGCCUGGCGACAGUCAGCACGCGCCAGGGGAAGCCUCUGAGCCAGAGAAAGCAGACAGUCUUGACGAGGAGGAUGAUGGGAAGGGUGAGGAUGCGCAGUCCGUCAUCUCAGGCGGAGAAGAAUACGAGCCAAUCAGUGACGACGAGCUGGACGAGAUCCUGGCGGACAGCGCGCAGAAGAGAGACGACCAGCAGGAGGACGAGAAGACUCCAGGGCCCGUGGACGUGAUAGACGUGGACUGGUCCAGCCUAAUGCCCAAGCAGAAGCAGGAGCCCAGGGCGGCCGGCGCGGCCUUGUUGAAGUUCACCCCCGGGGCUGUGCUCCUCAGGGCGGGCGUUUCCAAACGCCUCGCCGGGCCCCAGCUCCUCCACAGGGUUAAGGAGGUCUGCUCUGGGGAACUGGAUGACCCGAAAGAUGUUGACAAGCUGUUUGAGCAUGAUCUGGGAGCCCUGAACAUGGCGGCUCUGAACAGACGCUCGGAGAGGGCAGGUCUGCUCAGGAACCUGGGCCCCUGCUGUAAGGCCCUGUGUGCUCGCAGAGACAUCGCCAUCCGCAGACAGCUUCUCAAGAACGACAAGGGCACAACUAAACAGAUGUACACGAGCGCUCCGGUCGUGGACAACGAGCUGUUGCAGCUGAGCGUGCGUCUCUUUAAAAAGAAAGUGUCCGCCUGCCAGUCCGUGGGACAGCAGGACAGGGCAGAGACAGGGACUGCUCCUUCGCAGCCCAACCCACCCGCUGAGGUGUGUGUGUCCUAAAGAGGCUGUUGGUGAGGAUUGCGGGGGUGUGUGCGCGCGCGUGUGUUUGUUUGUGUGUGUGUGAGUGAGUGUGUGAGUUAUACAGACCCCAUCCCACCCCCAGGUCUCAAAACCAGCUCCAACAGUUAUUGCUUUC